AUCUAAAAAAAAAUGAAUCAAAACAACCUUUAAUUGAUGAGACGGAAAACCCUGGGGAUGUGACGAUUUCAUCGUGAUUUCAUCGAUACUGCCAGCUGCUAUUUCAUGCAAACGGCGUUGAACUCUGCAUCAACUUAUUGGUCACGAACAUAUUGAAUGGGUCAUUAUUCAAAUGCAGUGACUCCCCCGGCUAGGCUGGGUAAAAAAAAUACUCCCAAAAAGAUCGGAAUAAACUCAUGCUACAUAAUAUUCCAUCCGCACAUCACAGCGAGGUCACAUUAUCUAGAAAAAGCCACCCGUACCAAGAGCAUCACUAAUAUUUCGCCAUGGCUGUGAAAAGGGUUGCUGUUAUUGGGGCCGGGAUAAGUGGUUUGGUGUCUACCAAAACCUGUCUCGAGGAGGGAUUCGAACCUGUGUGCUACGAACAAACAGAACAAAUAGGCGGUAUCUGGGUCACCAGCGACCGGAGGGCCCCGGGGACAGAGACGAGGGGCGCCAUCUACGACUGCCUCAUCACAAACUCGAGCAAGGAGAUGAUGUGUUUCAGUGACCACCUUUUCGAUCCUUCUAUCUCGCCGUACAUCCAGGGCAAUCAGGUUUUAAACUAUUAUCAGGAUUAUGCCAGACAGUUUGAUCUCGAGCCGCAUAUACGAUUGAACACGAGGGUUGUUCGUGUGGAGCCCACGGAAGACUUCGAUAAGACAGGUCAAUGGCACGUAGAGAGUCGGGGCCCGAGUGGUGAGGUCGACGAGGAGGUGUUUGACGCGGUUAUGGUGUGCUCAGGGCUUCACAAUAAGAGCUAUAUUCCCUCCCUUCCCGGAAUGGAUGACUUUAAGGGCGACAUCGUUCAUAGUUGCGACUUCAGGAACGGAGAGAAAUAUGCUGGCAAAACCGUCGUCGUCGUCGGUGGUUCACAUUCGGCGGGUGAUGUAGCGGUCGACACCAGUAGGCAUGCGAAAAUGACCUAUCUUUCGAUGAGGACCGGUACGACAGUAUUACCCAGGCAGGGGCCAGGGGGUGCCCCCAUCGAUACGUACAUCAAUCGUCGAGUCAGGGGCUUGGUACCCCUUGCCCUGUGGAAGAUGUGGAUGCAGUCAUUCAUCUCCUACCGGCUUGAUAUGGACAGUCUUGGCCUAAAAUCCGACAGACCACUCUUCGCUUCCACUAGUCUGAUGGUCAAUGAUACGAUAGGGGUUCGGAUCUGGUGCGGUGCUCUCAAAGCCAAACCUAACAUCGCUCGCUUCACGGAAACCGAUGUCAUCUUUGUCGACGGCACGGUGGUCGAGAACGUCGAUGCGGUCAUCUUCGCGACUGGUUAUGAGUUUAAAUUUCCAUUCAUCGACAAGUCCAUCCUGCAAGAGUCUUAUGCGGAUCUGGAACUUUAUUGGCACGUUUUCCCGCCACGUCUAGCCCACCAGACAAUAGCCAUGGUCGGUGCCAUCAACUCAGUAGGUGCCCAAGGGCCCAUUUAUGAACUCCAGGCCCGUCUGGCGGCGCGGGUCUUCAAGGGACUGGUCGAACUACCAUGCCAAGAGAGAAUGCUAGAGGAUGUAGCCAGGAGGAAGAAUAUCUUUAAGAUGAUCUACGGCAAUCCGAAGAUACAUUUUCCACCGAUCCCAUACUGUGACAUGGUAGCUGCAAAACUCGGAUGUCUACCGCGGUUCACGGAUCUGCUGAAGUCGGAUCCGGUACUUGCCUUCAAAUUCUUCUUCGGUCCCAACUAUCCGCCAUUCUACCGGUUGGUUGGCCCCCAUGCAUGGCCAGGGGCACGGGAUGCAAUCAUGAAAGCAAAACACAACACAGUCAACCCAACCAGGACCCGGAAAGUUCAAACUCCAGGAACUGAUCAAUCGAGUCUAUUGUUCAUGUUUCUCUUAGUUGUUAUUCCGCUCCUAAUAUUCCUAAUGAUCUUUACGUAGUUUUAUGGAUAGAAACACAAUAAUAAACAGUGAUAAUCAUGACCGUACGCAGCGGGGAAGGGGCAGUUGUCCCCCCCCCCUCCCCAGAAGUCUUGAAAACUUCAUUUUUUAAAAUUUUCACAAAUCCUUCAGUUUCAACUUAGAAAAUACAAAAGCGCACCCAUCACAGCUCGGUUGCUUCGCUCCCUCGUUUUCAUGAUUCUUCAAAAAUUGGCGUGCAUCUUGACCCUGGAAAAAAAUUAUGCGUACGGCCAUGAUGAUAUUAUGCAAUAUCUAUCAAGCGUUUAAUACAGCGUUAUAAGCGCUGAUGAAUAUUACCCCGGCUUUAGCAAAAUAAUUGAUGUCUUGCCCCACCCCCACCCGAAUGUUGUGCAUUGGUAGAGUCAGGUUUGGGGAAUGCUCUCUGUCGGGUAAGGGGCUUGGGGGCAGCUGUGUCUUAAAUAUUAAAACAUAUGUUGAUAUAUCUAUUAUCAUCUUUAGAAAGAAAAUACCAAAAAAGGGGUAAAUAUUACACCAUGUGUUGAUAUACUUAUUAUCAUCUUUAGACAGAAAAGACCCCAAAAGGGGGUCAAUAUUAUUCCCGACACCGGGUCAAAUUCAGACCCGGUCCCUAUAUAACCCCCUCGCUAUAAUUAUGUCAAAUCCUUGAAAAGGGGCAUGCCCCAAACCUGACACUAUAUUUGAGAUUACACCCCCCCCCCCCUCCUCCUCCAUGAUUACAAAACGCCAUAGACUGAAAAUAAAAGAACUCGCUGAUAAAUUGAUAGUAAACGACUUUACCAUGAGAUUGUUAUCGAAUGUUGUGGAAAUACAGAUGCAAUACAGCGCCCCCUUUUGAAAUAAAAGCAGUCUCAAGCACUUUGUUGCAGCUUCGCAAAUCAGAGGUUAAAACAAUGGUAGCUUCACAUACCACUUCAUUUUAUUCAUUAAUUGUAUAAUUCCAAAGUCGAGUUUCAUGACGUGUGUAUAGAUGAAUCGCUUUGCAUUAAAUUCAACCAUGCGAGCACUUUAAAAAGGAAAAAAAAACAAAUAUGAAGAAUAUGUAUAUUUUGCAUUGUUCAUCAUUAUUGAGACUUAUCUGUCAUGGUAUAAACAUGUAUUUAAUUGCGGAGUACCUUUGUGGAGUAAAUGAAAGUUAGAAUCCAUUUUCAAAAAUAUAUAUAUAAUUGAAUGGAUAUUCAGCCGCGGAUCACGCAUUUUUUUUUUUUUUUUUUUGGAAUGGGUGCAUUAUGUCCCAAAAUUAUACAAGCAAAAGAAAAGGGGCAUCACUCAGAAAUCAAAGGGCAUUUGACCUCGGGCCAAAAUUGGAGACGGGGGGGGGGGGGGGUGGGGUGGGGGUCAUCGCUAAAAAAGGGGUGGUGAACAAAAAAGAGGCGUUCGGGGGGUUGAAAUUUUACGGGUGCGCCCGCACCUUACCGAUAUAAAGCAGGUCUUUAAAUGUUUGCCAUUGAGUGUUUACAUGUGUUUUGUCUUUCAUAACUUGUCUGUCCGUCCAUACCUCUGUCACAUUGUUUUCGCAUUGUUUUUAAAGGCACAACCCCUUUAAUUGCACUUUUGGAAAAAAAAACUUUCGGCACGGAAGGACCCAUAAAAUAAUCAAAUUUCAGUGUGGGAAAUGAUAUUUAGCGGCAUAGCGGCUCUAUUGAUUGUCAUAUUGCCUUAAAAAACAGAUUAAUGUUAAUAGCGUAAUCGUAUGAUAUUUUACAUUAUUUUGAUGGAUUUGCCCUUUUUGUAAAUUAUUGUUUAAUAUAUGUGUGUAUAGAAAUAUUUUAUAAAUUUUGUAGAUGAAGCAUGAUCUGAUGAUGGGAAUACGAACAUUGAUGUAUUUGCAACCUAUGAUUUCAAAGGUAAAUUAUGAAAAGGAUAAGAAAGAGUGAAGACAUUCAUUUCAGCCGACAAGAACCACAUUAGUCAAAUAUUAGAUGCGCUAUUAAGAUAGUUGAGUAAAAUUUAACUAAAUAAUGGAUAAAAGGAGCGAGGGCCUGGAAACGAUUUUUUUGCAGGGGGUGCUGGAGUAAAUUUGACCCAAAAAAAGGUUUUCACUACAAAGUGAAGGUCGUUUUGGCCCCCAAAAAAAUUGACAAGCUAGAAAAAUAUAAAAAGGGUUUCAACACAAAAUGUUGGUCAAUUUCGAUACAUUUCUCCAAUUUGACACACCUACCAAAAUUCCAGGGGGUGUUGCCUUUGGAAAAUAAUACACGCAGCACCCCCUGGGAAAAUCUUGGGCGUGCUUCAGCACAACUAGCACCCCCGCUUCCCAGGGACAUGAAAAGGAGUAAAAGAAACAUGAUUAUAUUGACGCAUCUUUGGUUAAAUAUUUCACAAUAUUUUGAAUCAGUUUACCCCCCCCCCAAAAAAAAAGGGGGGAUGCAUGCAAUGUUUUGAUACAACAAAAUGUAUAAGACAAGACUACACCAAGAAAAGCAUAUGAAAUAAAAGAAAAAUUGUAUAUGAUUGUCUACAUAAUAUGUCUAGUAGCCUGUAAAAUGCACAUGUAUUGCAAUAAUGGUGUCUUUCAUCGUAAAUUUUUUGUGUGUGUUCUGUAUGUUCUUUUCCCGAAAAUAAAUAUUAAGCGGCCAUUGUACACGUUGUAAUCGUCACUAAUAUGAUGCCGCGAGA